AUGGGAAUCUUAGGCCUUUCGAAGCUGCUCUACGACCGGUCGCCCACAGCCGUUCGUGAGCAUGAGCUAAAGAACUACUUUGGCCGUCGCAUUGCUAUUGAUGCCUCCAUGACGAUAUACCAAUUCCUGAUCGCGAUGAAGGGCUUUCAGGAUGGGCAAGGGGUGGAGCUGACGAAUGAGGCGGGGGAGGUCACCUCACACUUGAACGGCCUUUUUGCCCGCACGCUGCGAAUGGUGGACGAGGGCCUGAGGCCCAUCUAUGUUUUUGACGGUAAACCGCCCACGCUGAAGGCGUCAGAACUCCAGGAGCGGAAACAGAGGGCCGAGGAGGCGCAGAAGUUGUUUGAGGCGGCCAAGGAGGAAGGGAAUGAUGAAUUGAUGGAGAAGAUGAGCAAGCGAACGGUGCGGGUGUCAAAGGAGCAGAUGGAGGAGGCGAAGAAACUACUGCACCUUAUGGGCAUUCCCGUUGUUCAGGCGCCAUCGGAGGCCGAGGCUCAGUGUGCGGAACUGGUGAAAAAGAAAAAGGCUUGGGCCGUUGCGACGGAGGACAUGGACGCCCUUACGUUUGGGGCACCAGUGAUGCUUCGGCACUUAACAUACAGCGAGGCAAAGAAGCGGCCCAUCGCGGAGUUUCACUUGGAUGAAGUGUUGAGCAUGACCGGGUUGACCAUGCCACAGUUUAUUGACCUCUGCAUUUUACUGGGUUGCGAUUAUGUGCCCAAGAUUCCGGGCAUAGGCCCACAGAAGGCGUGGGAGGGCAUCAAGAAGCACGGCGACAUUGAAACACUUCUGCAGUCGCUCGACACCGCACGGCACAAGGUCCCCGAUGGAUUUCACUACGAGGAGGCGCGACAGUUCUUCCUUGCGCCUGAGGUCAUUCCCGGGGAGGAAAUCGAGAUUCAGUUUUGUGAGCCAGACGAGGAGGGGCUCAUAAAGUUUCUGGUGGAGGAAAAACUGUUCAAUAGAGACCGGGUGGUGAAGGGAAUUCAGCGGCUCCGCAGUGCACUGACGCGAAAGACACAAGGCCGCUUGGACCAGUUCUUCACAAUCAAGAAGCCGGCGCCGAAGCCCGGCACAGGUGGCGCAACAGCCGGUGUGAAGCGGGGACGUGGCGCCAUUGCGUUAUCGGGGACGCUGCAGCAGAAAGGGAGCGGUGGGCAUAAAAAAAUGGUAAAGAAGUAA